GUUCGUCCUAAGGGGCUGCAAACCCUUCAGCUCCUUGGGCCCUUUCUCUAGCUCCUCCAUUGGGGACCCUAUGCUCAGUACCUUCUUGCUGCUCUUAUCACCUCAACUGUAACAUUUCUCCCAAUCCAAAUUGUCUGUUGUACUCUCUUCAAAGAAUGUAAAUUUCCAGAUUUCUGCUGGAGUAGGAAUGGAGAGGGAUUUGUGACAUGCCAUAGAGAAACCAACUAGGGAUCUAAGCUUGUCUUCAGUGUUCACUUUAGUUCUAUGGCCUCACUAUUUAACUAGCCAUGUCCAGAUUUCAUCUCCUUCAGGAAUUCAGUAGUAUAAAUGAAGUUCCAUUUCAUUUUACUUCAUUGAGCUUUCAUGUUUAGCUGUUUUAACUGGCUGUAUAGCCUUUUGAAUCUGUAGAUUUAUAUCAUGAAAAUAAGAGAACUUUUGUUGUAGUUUUAAUGGAAUUUUGAGAGGAAUUAAAAGUCUUAACUGGCCAUUUAUCCUCAAAAGCCUCCAUUUGUUCUUUUGGUUUUUUUUAAAAAAAAGAUUUAUUGUGUAUAUAUACCUAAAUAUAUGUAAAUAUGUACAUACAUAUAAAUAAGCAUACCACACGUAUGCAAGCUCCCAGAGGCCAGAAGAGAGCAUCAUAUCCCUUGAGCCAUCCCAGGAAGUUAGGAUUGCCAGAUAUGCUUGUUGGGAGCCAAACCCAGGUCUUCAGCAAGAGCAGCAAGUUCUCCUUAACUGCUGAGUCACCCCUUCAGGCCCUUUAUUUGUUUAAAAGAUGAGGCAUGAAAUUCUAAGAGAUGACUUGAUUUUCCCAAUGUCACAUUUUCCAUUAUUUAUUUGCAUUAUAACAACCACCUCACAGUUUAGUAAUUAUUGGAAGGGAAUCAUUUUUUCCCCUGAGCAUUAUCUGAGGUGGCUUGAACAAUAGGAACCUAGCGUGACCUCUGAGGGCUUGCUGAACAUUUAUGUGUCUGGAGUCUUAGACUAUAGAUGGGACUGGGACUAGGCACCUACCUGUGGCCUUUUUAUGUGGCUUCCUAACUUCUGUACAGCAUAAUGACUGAAUUACAAGACUGAAUAUCCCCAAAGACGAAGCCAAACAAGACUUGCAUGGCUUUUUAUAGUCAAGUCAUGACUUGUACCAAGUUUUAUUAUCAGGGAUUCAUUAAGACUGGCUCAUAUUCAAAAAGAUGGCAACUAGACUCCUUCUUUUGACUGAAGAAAUAUCAAAGAACUUAUGGGCAAAUUUAAAAACUACCAUAUAUGUGAAUGUAAUAUGUAGAUCCAGGAAAAGACAAUAGGACUUUUGAUUUUUCCAAAGCUGCCCUUGGAGCAUGCUGUAGAACAGGGCCCCAUACCUGAAAGAAAGCUUUUAGAUAACAUGCACAUUUUACUUUUCUUUGCUACUUCAGCUUCUUUACAGCAGGUCAUGAUAUUCAUCUCACUGAUGAGAGGUUUUUAUUAUUAUUAUUAUCAUUAUUUGACUGUUUUGUAAGUCCUGUCUACUUUGUUUUUAUGUUGGAACAGAAAAUAAGAUGAGUGUUGUGACCUCGGUUUCUUCAAAACACAGAACUGUUCUUGAAAUGUGUUUUCAUGCUCCUCCCAGGUGUAGCAGAGUUCACUUCAGCGGCUGUUACUCAUAUGCCUGUCUUAGUUAGGCUUUCUGUUGCUGUGAUGAGACCCAGGACAUGGCAACUCUUACAAAGGAAAACAUUUAAUUGGAGUUGGCUGACAGUUCAGAGGUUUAGUCCGUUUUCAUUAUGGCAGAAAGUGUGGUGGGCAUACAGGCAGUCAUGGCACUAGAGAAGUAGCUAGUAGUUCUACAUCUGGGUCAGCAGGUAACAAGAAGAGAGUGAGACCAUGGGCUUGGCUGGAGCAUCUGAGACCUCAGUGCCUACUCCCAAUGAUAUACUUCCACCAACAAGGCCACAUCUCCUAAUAGUGCCAUUCCCUACGAGGGCCAUUUUCAUUUGAACCACCAUAGCCUCUAUGAAAAAACAUUUUGGCCUGUCUUUGUGAUUGUACACUUUACUUGGGUGACUCUUCUUAACGCUUAGAGUAUAAUCGUCUGAUGUUCUGUAAAAAGUUGCCUAUUGCAUUAAACAUCAGACCCCUCAUUUUUAGGCCCCAUUUUCCCAGGCUCACACUGAAACUAGAGCAGUAACAGAUAUUUACAAUAUAAAAAAUCCCAAAGAGCUGAUAGCUUAAGCAAAGAAAGGGUGAGGUACUCCCACUCAAGCAGUCCAUUCAGUUACACCCUCAGGUUGAUCUUUCAAGUUCUCUGCAACCUUAGGAAUGACUGACCAUUUCAAUAAUUUUAUAUCAAAGCUAAUGUUCUAAGAGCCUCAGUGACUAAGGUCAACAGAGUAACUCAGCAAGCAAUAGAUUAAGCUCCUGAUUUUUCAAGGCUGGGACUUUUUUAUGAAACUUAGGGUAUGAUGUUUUGCAGUUGUGUAUUAAAAGCAACAACUGUGUCAGUACUUCCUUGUCAGCAGCACAUAGACCUGGGUAGUUUCUCUUGAACAGACAAUCUACAUAGAUACUUUUGUUUAUCUCUGAGCCACUGUUACUAUAUUUGAGAGCUAUGCAGGAACAGUCUUUAUAUAACCAACCAAAAUGUCAGUUUUCAUUUUGAUUAUUACAGUUGUAGAAAGCUACGUAUACCAUUUUCAACCAGAGUCAACCCAUAAAUAGUGAGAAGGCAAAAUCUUGUAAUAAUCUCACACCUUCAUACAUAACUAUAUUAUAAUCUACACACAUCCUAAUAUACUGCCUACCAGCCCUCGUCACAGUUGUAUUCUUCUUACGUUGGUUUCAAGUGUUUUACUUAAUGUUUCUAAGCAACAAGCUAAAAUAGGCAGCAGUUUAUUAAAAGGAAGGAAAAUUAUUACUGCUUAUCAAUUUAGCACAGAGUGUUCCAAGUAUUGACUGAAUGAAACCUAAAUGGCAUAUUUUCACAAAUGUAUUUUUGCUUUUUUUUACUGUAUUACAAUAUCCUUAUAUUGCAGCUGCAUAUGUCAGAAUGAAGAUUUUCCUGUUUUACUUAUGAUAUUGAUAUGAGGUUUAAUUAAUCACCAUAGUUAUUGGUUCUCUCAUUUGAGUUGAACUUUAAUAAAAGCCAUCUGUGAGAAAAGGCAGAAAACCAUUCUCUAGAAACAAUGCUUUGGACACUCUGAAGUUCAUUGGCACCCUUGUCAGGAUGCAGGACACCUGGGUCCCUGGCACACUCCCCUUGAUCUUUGGCCUGCUUUCCAGUCUCCAACCAACUGUAAACACAUGUGACAUCUUAAGCUGCCCCGAAGGAUUCAUGUGCUGUGAAAAUGAAUGCUGCCUACAAAGAAACAUCUGGGAUCCUGCAAAGGACCCAUUCAGGAUCUUGUUCAUCCUGACAUGCAUCAUUUUUCCUCUUUUGUGCAUCUGUGGGCUUCAUCACUACCUUCUCACUUCACAUUACUGA